UGUUACCUGUCAGCGGCGGCGGGCGGAGGAGGCGGCGGCGGCGAGGGGACGGCGCGGCGGGAUGGAGGGGCUCAUCCCGCUCGUCAACCGGCUGCAGGAUGCCUUCGCGGCGCUGGGCCAGAACUGCCUGCUCGACCUGCCGCAGAUCGCCGUGGUGGGCGGGCAGAGCGCCGGCAAGAGCUCCGUGCUGGAGAACUGCGUCUCCAGGGAUUUUCUUCCACGAGGUUCAGGAAUUGUAACAAGACGACCAUUGGUCCUGCAACUCAUCACUGCCAAAACAGAGUAUGCUGAAUUUCUACACUGCAAAGGGAGGAAAUUUACUGAUUUUGAUGAAGUUCGUCAGGAAAUUGAAGUAGAAACAGAUAGAAUAACAGGAAUGAACAAAGGCAUUUCUUCAAUUCCUAUUAAUUUAAGAAUAUACUCUCCACAUGUAUUAAGCCUGACUCUUAUUGAUUUGCCGGGAAUCACUAAAGUGCCAGUAGGGGAUCAGCCUCCAGAUAUUGAGCAACAGAUCAGAGACAUGAUAAUGCAGUUCAUCUCUCGAGAAAACUGUCUGAUACUGGCUGUGACUCCAGCUAACACUGAUCUGGCUAACUCAGAUGCACUGAAGUUAGCUAAAGAAGUGGACCCUCAAGGCCUUAGGACCAUUGGUGUGAUCACAAAAUUGGAUCUGAUGGAUGAAGGAACAGAUGCAAGAGAAAUUCUAGAAAACAAACUGCUCCCUCUUCGUAGAGGUUAUAUUGGUGUUGUAAACAGAAGCCAGAAAGACAUUGAUGGGAAGAAGGACAUAAAGGCAGCUCUUCUAGCAGAAAGGAAAUUCUUUCUUUCCCACCCAGCAUAUAGGCACAUGGCUGAUCGGAUGGGAACACCAUAUCUCCAAAAAGUUCUAAACCAGCAACUUACCAAUCAUAUUCGGGAUACCCUGCCAGCCUUCAGAAGCAAACUCCAGAGCCAGCUGCUUUCUAUAGAACACGAAGUAGAGGCAUACAAAAACUUCAGACCAGAAGAUCCAACCAGAAAAACAAAAGCCCUGUUGCAGAUGGUACAACAGUUUUCAGUGGACUUUGAAAAAAGAAUUGAAGGAUCAGGAGAUCAGGUUGAUACACUAGAACUUUCAGGAGGUGCCAAAAUCAAUCGUAUUUUCCAUGAACGUUUUCCUUUUGAACUAGUGAAGAUGGAAUUCAACGAGAAGGAACUGCGGAGAGAAAUAAGUUAUGCCAUCAAGAACAUACAUGGUAUCAGAACAGGUUUGUUUACUCCAGAUAUGGCAUUUGAAGCCAUAGUUAAAAAACAGAUAGUCAAGCUGAAAGGACCUUGUUUAAAAAGUGUGGAUCUGGUGAUGCAAGAGUUAAUCAACACUGUCAAGAAGUGCACCAAAAAGUUGGCAACGUAUCCAAGGUUGUGUGAGGAAACAGAAAGAAUUGUUGCCGGCUAUAUUCGUGAAAGAGAAGAGAAGACCAAGGAUCAGGUGCUGCUGCUGAUUGAUAUCCAGGUUUCUUACAUCAACACCAACCAUGAAGACUUCAUUGGCUUUGCAAAUGCCCAACAAAGAAGCAGUCAGGUUAACAAAAGUGCAGUGGGAAAUCAGGGAACCAAUCUACCGCCUUCAAGGCAAAUUGUCAUCCGGAAAGGCUGGCUGACCAUCAACAAUAUUGGCAUCAUGAAAGGAGGAUCCAAGGAAUACUGGUUCGUUCUAACUGCAGAGAGUUUGUCCUGGUAUAAAGAUGAUGAGGAAAAAGAGAAGAAGUAUAUGCUUCCUUUGGACAACUUGAAAGUGCGAGAUGUUGAAAAGAGCUUCAUGUCAAGCAAACAUAUCUUUGCAUUGUUUAACACAGAGCAGAGGAAUGUUUACAAGGAUUACCGUUUCCUUGAGCUAGCCUGUGACUCCCAAGAGGAGGUGGAUAGCUGGAAGGCAUCUCUGCUACGAGCCGGUGUCUAUCCCGAUAAAUCCUCAGGGAACAACAGAACUGAAAAUGAGGAGACUGGCCAAGCAGACAAUUUUUCCAUGGAUCCCCAGCUGGAGAGACAGGUGGAGACAAUUCGAAAUCUUGUGGACUCCUACAUGUCUAUUAUAAACAAAUGUAUCCGAGAUUUGAUUCCGAAAACCAUCAUGCAUCUUAUGAUCAAUAAUGUAAAAGAAUUUAUCAACGCAGAGCUCCUGGCUCAUUUGUAUUCUUCUGAGGACCAAAACACUCUAAUGGAGGAGUCGGCUGAACAGGCGCAGAGGCGAGAUGAAAUGCUCCGCAUGUACCAAGCGCUAAAGGAAGCCCUAGCCAUCAUUGGCGAUAUCAGCACUAGCACUGUCUCGACCCCUGCACCCCCUCCUGUGGACGACUCUUGGCUUCAGCAGGCCCGCAGAUCACCUCCUCCAAGUCCCUCAACUCAGAGGAGGCCUACGUUAAACAAUCCCCCAACCAGACCUUUAUCUGGCCGAGGACCCGCUCCUGCAAUCCCAUCUCCAGGCCCUCAGUCGGGGGCUCCUCCGGUCCCAUUCCGCCCAGGACCACUGCCUCCGUUUCCAAGUGGUGGUGAAGCCCUUGGAGGACCUCCUCAGGUUCCCUCUCGGCCGACCCGGGCUCCUCCCAGCGUCCCAAGUCGAAGACCACCCCCUUCACCUACUCGGCCCACUGUAAUUCGUCCGUUAGAUUCAUCCCUGUUAGACUAAAAGAAGUUUCUGGCAUGUCAUUCAUUGUUAACCAAAUAUGUGGAAGCAAAUCGCUUGAUAACUGUUGCAAUAACCAAUGUAUAGUUGCAUGUACGGACAUCUAUAGGCAAGUAACCGAUUUUACUGAUGUACUCUCUGUCCAUUGCGCACUGUUUCUGAGGUCUUAAAUGUUUUGGGAAGGUCUGUGCUGCCUUGACUUUUCCUUUUGCAAUAGCUGAUGUUGGCUAACUUACUGACACGCGUGUUCACCCAGGCAACUGUGCUCACAGGCUCGUAUAGUCAAAGGAGGGCUUGACUUUGUGUGUGUUUGUGCACGUGUUGAUUUGAUUUUUUUUAAUUUUUUUUUACCCUUAUCUGAAAGGAAUCUUGCUUUUAUUUGUACCUUUCAGGUUUUCUGUCAUUUGGAAUUACAGAGUUAUGCCUGUUUUCUUUUUGAAUGGCUAAACUGGUCAGAGAAAACACAAUGUGGUUUCUUACCAAGCUCUUCUGAAGGCCCCACACUUCCACGCCUCUCUUGCAAGAAGCUUGCUGGACGGCUGCUUCUCCUAGAAUUUCUCCUUAUCCACAGUCUAGUUUUUAAGGAAUGUUGUUAAACAAGAAGAGUGUGUAUGGGACCACGGGUGCGUUACUUUAUUCCCACAUUGGUGGCUGAUGGGAGUUGGUUGGGUGGUCAGUGAGGACCGGGCGGCGGUGUCCCGGCUUGCAAGGCUCAGUGCGGAGCCAUCUCGCCCCGCAGCAAGGAUGCGAAAGGGCGGUUUGAAGAGCCGGUACGUGACAGAGUGGCGUGUGCCAGCCCGCUCCGUCCUCUGCUAGUGCUUGCUGGCAUUUGUACUCCCACUGAACUCACGGGAAACCCUGUGGGUAUGUGAGUGCGUGUAAUACGUAUAAACGCACUCUGAGAACCCAGCGUUGGUUUUGGUCGUUUUGUGAAACAGAAGGAAAAAUAGAUACGGACGUAGCUAUGUGCACUGCUGUAAAUGGACUGUGUGAGCUAAUUCACAGAGGUAGGGCCUAGAGUUGCGUCUAGUUUGGAUUUGAGAUAUUUGUUCACGCCAGCUGAUAAAGUUCCACUAUGCCCCCUAUAUAAAGGUUUUCUCUUUGCAUCUCCUGGAGUCCCGCACGCCUCGGGUUAGGGUCACUUUUCCAGCCGGGUGCUGAGACCUGCUCAGCUGUGCAUCCUGGCCAUGAACCAUUUUGGCAGAUGUUCACUUUGCAGAGGUCCUCUCUGCCUAUUGUUUUGCACGUUAUAUAUUAAUGAAUUACAAAAACCUGUUGUCUUAACUGCAUGACUUCACUUUAAACACUUUGGGUCAGUGUCACCCUUACAGUUUAAAAUUUACUGAGUUAACAGCGUUAAACUAGAGAUGAAUUUGGCCUUGUUUCUUCAGAAAAAUAUUAAUUGCUGCUAUUACAAUUACGGUUACAGAUCCCUACGCAAAGCGAUUGGUGGUUUCAAAGGCCCCCAGUAUGAUUAGUCUAAUAAAUUUAUUUAUUGAGCCGGCAUGCAGGGCUUCAGUAUGCUGUGGCCCCAUGGUUAGGAAGAAUCCCAUCAAAGAGCCACAACCGAUGGGGAUUUUGCCUAGUAAGUGUUCCCAGACUGCUGAUUAACGAACAGUUGUGCUCACUGCGGAAGCAAAUCGCAUCUCAGCUUGCGUAAGAGAGACGAGCUUGGGAAAGCAUCGUGAUUUGUAUGUUAGCCUAACUUUAAUUUCCUGUCAACCUCGCACUUGUGACGCACACCUGGGGAGUCUAGAGGUCAACAUCUGAAGCCCAGCGAAGAUGGAGUUUGUCAGAGCACCGGCGUCUUGGCGAUCUCGGAAGACUGCUGAAGUGGCCGGUGUUUGUUUGGAGAACAAGCGCAGAUCUCCAACACCAAGUGGACAGAACCGGCUUUCAAGGAAAAAAGAUUGCAAACCCAACUACAGUCAUUUUGAUUUGUGCUACCAAAAAAAAGGAGAACAUGUUAUGAUGGUAUUUCUUGUGUUCUACGCCGUUUUCCACUGCGUAGCGCUCUCUGACGUAACAUUCAACCCAUCUAUUAGCUGUAUUUUUAUAAAUAGCUAUAGGAGUCCAUCCUGUUGCCUAACCAGCAAACCUGUAUAUAGUUUAUCAGAACUAUUUGUCUGCCUGCUGACAGAAAGCCAAGCUCUGCGCCUCUUCCGCUUCAGCCACAGAAUGUCGCUUUGACCCCGCAUUUUGAAAUUCAUCCAGUGACAUUGCAAGGCCCUGGUCUGGCUUUAUCCUACUGUCCCCUAAACACUCGACUUAGUUGUCCAAGGUCCCUUUUGUUCAGUGGCGAGAGGCAGAGGCUCCAGAAGGUGAUUCAGAGCGGUGUGGCUGCAUGGCAGUGGAGGGUGGUACCGCCGGUAAGCCAGGAGACUCAUUAGAUGACACAGAUCCUGGCCUAAAAACACGUUUUAAAAUCCUCCGUACUCGAGGCUCCUUCAUUUACUUUAAUGACUGUUUGUGUCAAGCAUCAGGAAGUAGGAGGCACAAUUCAGCACCGUCCUUUACUCUGCCCUCCAAGAAAUUGUCUUUCUCAGCAGUAAUCUUGAAUUGUAAAUGGAGCUCUUGAGGGUAGAUUUACUUGAGAGAGGAGGAGGAGGAGGAGGGGGCAGCGAGGCGCCUGUGGCCCCACGGUCGGCACCAUCUGGUUCUAUGCUCGGUGUGGAGGUGGUGGGACACAGCUGCACAGCCCCCCUUCCUCUGCAUCCUCAUUCAGAUCCCAUCUGAAUCUGGCCCUGCACCCAAAAUGUAACGCUUUUAGAUGUGCAGGUUCAUAAUUAACCUUGAGCACAGCUCCAGAGUUUGGUGAUUUUACCUCUAACUUCUUGCAUAUAGGCUUUUCGGAAUAAACUGCGAGGAGUUGUUGUUUCUAGGGAAAAUGCUAAGUGCUUCCCAAGGAGUUGCCACAUCCAAUUGAGUAAGUCCCGACUUGCCAACCCCAGCCCCUUUCCUCCUGCGGUGCAGUGCCUGCAACAGGUUGGUUUGUCCCACCCGCUCCUGGUGCUGGCGAGUCGUGUCUCUCCCAUCCCUUGUUCUCCAUGCCCGAAGGAGCACGUCCCUGGAGGUGUUCAAGGCCAGGCUGGAUGGAGCUUUGAGCAGCCUGGUCUGGUGGGAGGUGUCCCUGACCAGGGCGGGGGGUUGGAACUAGAUGAUCUUUAAGGUCCCUUCCAACCCAAACCUCUAUGGUUCUAUGACAGCAGGACAAGCACCCCGAGGAGGGACUGGCUGCCUCCGACUGCCCUCUCUGCAGACGCCCUUCCACAGGGUGAGCUGAGCCUGAACUCCCGCAGACGAGAAGCACGGGUUGCUCUCCCUUUCUUCAGUUCCCUCUGGCAAAGCUCAGAAGAUUGCCAGGGAGCAUGGAGACUCCCGUUAAGCAACCACAGAGUUUCUGCUCUUAUGUGAGGUGUAUAAUUAGCUGGGUGAUGUACGUAGCUAAGUUUCAGGAGGGUGCUCAUCUAGUAUCGCAUUUAGGCUGAGCCUGGGUCUCCGCCUAGAGAACAUGUUCCUCCUCUCCUCGCCACGGCUGACCUAGAGCUUGAGCGUGCCGUCAGUAGCUCUCGGCCUUUCAUCUCAAGGGAUCUUGUGUUAGGAUUAAAAAGAUUGUAUGUUCAAUGAAAAGGCUUAUGUACAUAGUCAAUGUGUGUUUAUUUUAUUGCUGAUCUUGUUGCACUUUCUGAGUAAGCCUCAUAAAAGUAGAUUAUUUAUUAUAUUAGAGGAGAUAACAUUAUAGGUUAUGGCAUUUCGUGUUAAAGCAUAACAUAGAAACUAUUAUACUCUCUAUCGCAGACAGCUACACUACACGUGUAUAGAGCAUACUGAGAUUACUGGCUAGUUCUGCCUUUCUGUCUUCAAAUACUCCAAACCUCCUCAAUUCAAAGCAGACCUGUUUUGCACCUGCGACACCAGGGAGGCAUCCAACCGCUUGGUGUGCUUACGGCGCAGUUCCUCCCGCUGUGGCAUCGAACCUCCUUCCCCGGCUCUAGCAGAGCAGCUCCCUCAUGUAAACGAAUGUUACUCUGCCUGUCUUUCCUCUUGCUUUGUCUGCAGGCGAGCUGAUACCGAUGGCUCCUCCCGUCCAGACAGUCCUCCACUCUUGCUUGAUCUAUGAUUUGUCCCGUCUUGCCGGCCGUUUGCUUUACUGCCUGUCUCUUUACUUUUCCAGGAUGGUGUAAACGAUGACUUCUUUUUUGUAAGAAGCAAACGCUUUCUUUCUUUCUGAAUUUUGCUCUGUAUGUUAAUGCCCUACUUCAUAUGAGCCAAUGCAUCUGCCUUUGGUUUCAUAAUCUGUAAAUGGUUCCCGGUGUUGACCUUUGAGCACAGCAAGUCGAUUCCCGAAACCAUGGUCAUUACUGAGCAUCACAAACACCUGCUGUAAAAAUGUUACGCUGCAUUUCUGAAACCUGAAAUAAACUGUAACUCUUGA